UUCACAUAGGUUCGCACACCAAGUCACCAACGAAUGUUGACGUUUGUUCCGUCCUGCGCGUAAUCUUUCAAUUUCAAGUCCGGAAUAUGAAGCGUUGUUCGAUCCUCGGAAAGUUCUACUGGUCUGACUUCUCCAGUCCUUCCAGAUUCAGCUCUACUUAGUUACGUCUGUUGAUUUGAUCUUAGAACCUCACUGCACCGCCGAUGACACCUCGAUGACGACUACACGACGUUCUGCCGGAGGUGCAUAACCUCAAACGAUAAUAAAGAAGAUAAAAGAGAAAAGAAAAAAACGACGUCAGGCCGUUCAUUUUUCUAAUUCGCGCGCGGUCUUCUCUUCUUGCUCGUCAAGCAGUCGCAACAAAGGAAAGAACAAAGGAAGGUGGAGAGGGUUGCGGACUGUUGGAGCGACUGAGUUUUCGCUUUAGCACUUCGACGCUGGACUCCGCCGAGACGACGUCGUUCAGGAGGACGCAUUACGGCUUCGGAGGACUGCUGGACGACUUUUUCAAGAUGUCGAGGGCCGACUUGAAGAACUGGCCCAUUUUCAGCUUGCUGGAGCCCAAGUUUAUAUCAACCAUUCAUAUGGCUGUGGUUUAUGGUAAUUUAGGGAACGAAGCUCUAAUUGUAACAAAAGAUGGUGAUGUGUAUGCCUUGGGGAGCAAUACUGCUGGCUGUCUGGGAACUGGAGAUUCUCACAGUACACUUCAUCCAAAGAAGGUUGAAGCUCUCUGUGGAAAAGGAAUAAAGACGUUUGCAUAUGGUAGCGGACCACAUGUUCUUGCUCUUACAAACAAAGGAGAGAUCUACUCCUGGGGUCAUAAUGGCUACUGUGAAUUAGGAAAUGGUUCCACAAAUCAAGGACUGACUCCAACUCUUUGUUUAAAUCUCAAUGAAAAAGUUGUGACAGCAAUAGCAUGUGGCAGUCAUCAUUCUGUUGCUCUCACAGAAGAUGGUGAAGUAUAUUCAUGGGGGCAAAACAAUUGUGGUCAAGUUAGUAGUGGAAUAAGUUCCAAUCAAGGUGCACCACGAAAGGUGAACUCAGCUUUGACAGGAAAAGUGGUUGUGUCCAUAGCAUGUGGUCAAACAUCAAGUAUGGCUGUGACAGAUGUCGGUGAAGUUUUUGGCUGGGGAUACAAUGGAGUUGGACAACUUGGCAUUGGAAAUUAUGUCAACCAAUUGAGUCCUUGCAAAGUCACUGGUUUGAAUGGAAUUGUAAUAGAAAAAGUCGCGUGUGGAUAUGCUCAUACCUUAGCGUUAAGUGAUGAAGGUGCUCUUUACGUUUGGGGGGGUAAUGGCUUUGGACAACUGGGACUAGGAAACAAAGCUAAUGCAUGCACUCCUAUAAAAUUAAAUGUAACAGAAAUGGGCAGGAUAUCAGACAUAGCCACAUUGCAUUACAAUCACAUAAGUGUAGCCAUGGGUCAGGGAGGUAAAAUCUAUAUGUGGGGUCAAUGCCGUGGUCAAAGUGUCACUAGCCCAAUGGCAACUCCACUGCCUCACAUACAUGAUGCUCUUGCAUGCUAUGCAACUCCUAGUGUCAUGCAUCAGCCACUCGUCCUGCAUGCCGAGGAAGAAGUUGGAAUUAGUGAAAGUCUUCGAAAUGCUUUUGAUGAUGCAGCUACGAGCGAUCUAACGAUUCAAAUUCAAGGGAAACCAAUUUACGUACAUAAAGCUGUUCUGAAGAUUCGUUGUCAAUAUUUCAAGUCGAUGUUUCAAGAACACUGGGCAGAAAACAAUCGAGACGUAAUCGAACACAGUCAAUUUUCCUACGAUGUAUUCAAAUCGUUUCUCAGGUACUUGUACACAGAUGAAGUUGACUUGCCUCCAGAAAAUGCCUUAGAAUUAUUGGACUUAGCAAAUGCGUAUUUUGAGACGCAAUUAAAGAGACGUUGCGUUCAAAUGAUUAAACAGGGAAUUACUGUUUCCAACGUUGCAUUCCUUUAUAGUACCGCUAUUGAAUACAAUGCCAAAGAAUUAGAGGAUUUUUGCUUUAAAUUUGCCUUGAAUCACAUGACUGCUGUGAUUCAGACACCAAAUUUUGCCAAACUAGAUGAAUCUAUUAUAAAAACUUUCAUAGUGAAGGCUGCACAGGCUGGUGCAUUCAAAACUUAGAUUGUCAAGGCAGAAAACUGAAUAAACCUCAUGAAAAUGAUCUCCUGAACUCGGACCACUGAGCGCUGAAAAUAGUACAUUUCGCAUUUAAAAUUUUAACUUUAUUCUCUUACUCUAGACAUAACGUUUAUACGUAAUUUGUUGAUAAUCAACGUUCUUCAUACGUAGCAUGAGCGGUAUUAUGUAUUAAUUAGAAUAGUUCCACUAAUGAGAAUGACGUUAUUGAACAUAAAUUGUUGGCCAGGAACUCGAAUGAAUAAUAUUUUAUCACAGCUUUUUUUGAUUAUACGUAAAUCGUUAAUGAUUCUGCCGAUGACUGUUAAAUUUACGGCAGCUUGCUUAAAAAUACUCUAAUAGCUUAAUAUGUUCGUUUUGUGGAUAUGUGAUCGACAUUGUGUACUGUUUACCUGAUUUCGUGAUACUAUGGUGAUUAUAAGGUAAUUUACAACAUUUCGCACCUACCGUUAAUUAAGGUAGUCUUCCGAAAUUAUCAGCGAAUAUUGUAUAAAGUAAUUUCUUUAUUGGAUUAAGCAUAUAGAAAAUGAAGUACUUAUUGUUGCGAAAAUUAGCUGCAAUUUCAAGUUGCACACGUAGAGGGUUAAUUGGUCCAAUUUAAUAGUUAGAUGAAUUGUUUUUUCAUCGUAAGAACGAAAUUAUUGAAUACCAUUUAGAAAAAUUAAAAAAGGUUACCUUGGCUAUGUAAUCUCAAUACAGAGGAGUUUGGUUUUUGUUCUCCAUGCGCUGUAUACUCUAGUUUGUACAUAGAAUUUGUAGUGAGCAGGGUGAGAUCGUUGAUACUGUUUUGUUGUCUGUUUUUAUCAUGAUCAAAUAAAAUAAUAAAGAUGAUUAUAAUUUUUCAACUGAA